GAAAACGGAUCUUGCUAUCAUGAAGCCCACUUUGAUAAGAUCGAAUAUGCAUGCUUCAGCUCUUUCAUCACGAUUACAACAACUUCGCAGUAAUGGAGAAUUUGUGGACUGUAAAAUUCGGAUCGAAACGAAGAAUGGAGCUGUUAAAGAGAUUUUUGCACAUCGAAAUGUUAUAGCGAGUGGCUGUAAAAUUUUUAACGAAGCUUUUCAGAAAAAUGGUGAUAAAAUCACUGUAAAAUUAAACACCGAUUCUUCGGCCAAUUGUCUCGAAGCUAUAUUGGAUUUUUUAUAUAGCGGAUUACUAGAUAUAUCUAAAAACGAUCCGAAUCAGAUACUGAGUAAAAAAUUUUCAAGACGAUACAGUAAUCUUCUAUUUGGUGAAUUGUUAAACAGUUUCUCUAAAAAAGAGGCAUUUAUUACAGGUAAUAGAUAUGGAAAUUCUAUGGAAUUAAUGCAACUUGCGCAUUACUAUCAAAUUAAUGAUGCAGAAGAGAUAUUGAGACCGUACUGCAAUGAAACAAGUUUAUCAGGAAUUGCGUCAAGUAUAAAUAGCAUUAAAGCUGUGCUGUUCACAGGUUUUUUGCUUCCACCAUGUUCUACUAAAUCAGCUUUUAUUAGUUCAUCACUUUUAUCAAACUCACUGCCAUUAUCCAAUAUCAAUUCAUCGAUCGCAUUACAGCCUCUGCUACGAUUCACAGAUCUAUCAACAGUUUCAUCUGACCAACUGCUCAUGCAACAAUUAUUUCAUACAAAUAUUUUUCCUCAAACGCAUCAAUUUUCAUCAUCAUCGUUUUCUCAGUCCAUUACACCUUCAAAAUGCAUGAUGGGAAAACGAAAAAGAUUGUCGAAUAACUAUGAAAAUAAUGGAGUUUUAACGAUGAGCAUUGAACCAAAUGUAAAUGAAACUUUACUUAAAAAAAGAGAUGUCAUAAUACCAAGUUGGUGUCGGAACAAAAAAUAUAUCAAGCAAGUGUCGAACGGAUUCAUGUGUACCGUAUGCCAAAAAAUAUAUGGACGAUACAAUUCAGUUUCUUAUCAUGUGACAAUCUAUCAUCGAAACCCACCAAUUCAAUGUAAUGAAGGCGGUUGUCAAUUCAGUACACGAGAAGCUCGAUACAUUCAUUUCCACAGAUUUUACCGGCAUCACAUUCCCUUACCUGAAAAUAUAGACCUAGGUUCGAGGAAAUGUAUAUUUUGCCGUCAUAUAUCAAAAAGUCCAGCGAUGCUUGAAAAACAUAUAAGCCGCCAUCUUCCUGAUUGCGCUCGCCUUGGCAAUGCCUUACUUUGUCCUCAGUGUAAUAAAAAAUUAAUAACGCAACAAGAUAUGUUGCAGCACAUGCUCACUCAUAUCGAAUCCAAACCAAAUAUCCGGUGCGAACAAUGUAGUUAUCGUGGCCAAACUGAGACGUCACUGCAGCAACACAUUUUAUUUAAGCAUAGUGAUGAUAUGUUUGCCAAAAAAAUGAAAUGCAGUUUUUGCAAAUAUGCUUGUGUUGAAUCCAGCAAGCUUGAGAUUCAUUACGAGCAAAUGCAUCCGGACCAGAAGAGGGGCAUGGAGUUAAAACAGAACUUCGGCAAAAAAAGUAAUUCAUCAAUAAUUGAAGUUAAAGAAUGUGGAAAAAAUGAAGAAAUUGGUGAUAGCGGAGAAUAUCAAAGUGUAACUGAUAUCGAUACUAGAGUCGAUUAUUAUAAUUCUGUUCACCAUCAAUUUUUUUGUUGA